AAAAAAACACAAAAAGACACUCUCCCUACCCGCCACUCCAAUCUCUGCCCUGGAGAGGGUGCAGGGCAAGGCCCGACCACAGGUCAAAAUGACCUCUGUGAAUGUCUGCACGCGCGCGCGUGGCUUUCGAGUGGGACACUUAGAGCUUGAAAGCGACCGCUGUCCCAGGGCUCUUCUGCCUCCCAGGGGACUCUGCAGUCGCCUCCCAGAGGGUCCCCAAAGGGAGGAAUCUCCCGGCCCGCCCUCUGGCCCUUCCGCCCCAGGCUCCCAGUCUGAUGGGGGAGGCGGGGGCGCACACCAAAGCUGCUCGCCUCAAGCCGACUCGGGUUCCCGCAGCCCCGGAGAAGAGAGCCGGAGGGGUCCGCCGGGGGACCCGGCCCGGAGAGGUGGGUGUGUCCGAAGCGGACCAGUGAGCGAGCGGAGAGCGGGGGCCGCCCCGCCUCGCCCCCGGGACUCGACUCCCCGCCCCCAACCCGGAAGCCCGCGGCGGCGCGCGCAGCCCGCGACCCUGACACCGACCCAGCACCAUGGCCGCGACCGCGCCCCUGCGCGACUGCCAGGCUUGGAAGGAUGCCGGGCUCCCUCUCUCAACCCCAAGCAACGAGGCCUGCAGGCUGUUUGAUGCCACCCUGACCCAGUACGUAAAAUGGACCAAUGACCAGAGUCUUGGUGGCAUUGAGGGCUGCCUGUCAAAGCUCAAAGCAGCAGAUCCGACCUUCGCCCUGGGCCACGCCAUCGCUAAUGGCCUCAUUCUGAUUGGCACCGGAAGCUCCGUGAGGCUGGACAAGGAGCUGGACCUGGCUGUGAAGACGAUGGUGGAGAUUUCCAAAACUCAGACCCUGACGCGGCGGGAACGGCUGCACGUGUCUGCAGUAGAGACCUUUGCCAAGGGGAACCUUCCAAAAGCCUGUGAGCUGUGGGAACAGAUUCUCCAGGACUACCCGACAGACAUGUUGGCCCUGAAAUUUUCCCACGAUACCUAUUUUUACCUGGGCUACCAGGAACAGAUGAGAGAUUCUGUGGCUCGAAUUUAUCCCUUCUGGACACCCGACAUCCCCCUUAGCAGCUACGUGAAAGGCAUCUAUUCUUUCGGCCUGAUGGAAACCAACUUCUACGAUCAGGCGGAAAAGCUCGCCAAAGAGGCUUUGUCUAUUAACCCGACGGACGCGUGGUCGGUGCACACCAUCGCGCAUAUUCAUGAGAUGAAAGCAGAGGUCCAGGAUGGAUUGGAGUUCAUGCAGCGCUCAGAAACCCACUGGAAGGACUCUGAUAUGCUCGCUUGUCACAAUUAUUGGCACUGGGCUUUAUAUCUGAUUGAAAAGGGCGAAUACGAGGCCGCAUUGACCAUUUAUGAUGACCACAUCCUCCCCAGCCUGCGGGGCAGCGGCGCAAUGCUGGACGUGGUGGACAGCUGCUCCAUGCUCUACCGGCUGCAGAUGGAAGGGGUGUCUGUGGGUGAGCGGUGGCAAGAUGUCCUGUCCGUGACCCAGAAGCACAGCCGCGACCACAUCCUCCUCUUCAACGAUGCGCACUUGCUGAUGGCGUCCCUGGGCGCUGGGGACUCCCGGACCACGCAGGAGCUGCUGACCACCCUGCGGGAUGCCAGCGAGGCUGAACUGCAUGAACUGGGGGCUUUGGCUGGGGACGUAGCUUCAGGCCCCCGGCCCUCACGACCCAGAUCGACCGCCACCUGAGGGCAACGGGAAGACAAAGCCUGCCACAGCUGUUCACUCCAGGGGCCGGCGCCGACUCCAGUGCCAGCCUUCACCUGCAUUGCCCUGCGAGGGCGGCACUGCUACUCCCACCUUACAGAUGAGCAAACCGAGGCCAGGCGUGGGGCAUCCGCCCAAGGCCGCGUCGCAGUUGAACUGAGUUUAGAGCCCAGUUCUCUCCCCUCCCUGGCGGCUUGUCCUCUGUCAGGUCACCUGAUCAAAGCACCUACUGUGUCAGGCACGGAGCCAGGGAUGCUGGGCUGAGGAGGAGACAGCCUCCUCCUCAGGCGCCUGAGUGGGGGGGGGGCAGCACGAGGCCCUGCAGGACGCUGGGGGCACCCUCUUGGCUGGCAGGUCCCCGGGGGAGAACCACCAGCACCUCCUGGCCCGCGACGUGGGGCUGCCCUUG